AUGGCACCAUUUCCCAAUAUUCCGGAUCCAUUUGACGAUGAUUCAUCUGGUGAUGAAAAACCACAGCAAGCUGAUGAUGAAGCUACCGUCUCUCAGUCUAUUCAUACGGCGCCGAGAGCCUCAAGCAUUGCCGAAAGAAACAAUUUGGGCAACAGACAGCGGGUUGACUUGAUCAGAAGCUCGACGAGACGUCCCCCUGCAUCCCUUUUGCAUCGAUUUCCCACAGAAAUAAGGCUAGCAAUAUAUAAACAUCUCCUUGUGACUAAGAAGGAAAUACAGGUUCAUUCCGGCUGGGAGCAGGUCUAUAGACGACAACAGCUAAGUAUUCCGACGAGUAUCUUGCGUACCUGCCGCGGCAUUUACAACGAAGCUAUUGGCGUUUUAUAUGGAAGAAAUAAGUUUUUGUACAAAUUGCGAGACCAUGUUCCCCGAGUCACUGACGUCGACCAAGUGGCGCAAAUUGACGACUAUGACACGGCUUUACCAAGCAAUACCUUCAUUCAGGGAGAUAGUGAGGACUAUGAUGAAGAGGAUGAAGAAGACGGCGACUCGGACUGGGAAGAGGAGACAAGUGUCUCAAGUAGACACCAGCCACGAAGCACUAGGCGUCGAACCGCGCGACGGGCUGUGGCAGAGCCAGAUAUCAACGUCAAAAAGCACCUGCAUCUCUUUCGGCGCAUCACCAUAGAAGCUGAGCAGAAUCGGUACCUAAAAGCUACAAAAUUACUCAUGGCAAGUGCCAUUGCAACGUUUGAGUACAAACACAAACAAGGCACACCAGAUCAUGCUUUAUCAGCCCACCUCCAGAUGUUGACCGUCCGGAUGCAUCCAAGAUGGGAGCCCACCGAGGACACAAAUAACGAAGCAGGCGGCGAAUAUACAUUCGUCGAUUUCUUCCAUAAACAGUCACCAGUAAUAAGGGCAAUCCGAGGUCUAGACUUCCAGUUUCUACGCGUGGAACUGAUGGGCUGUCGCAGAGGCGACGAAGAGGUCAAAGGCCGGACCUUCCAGAUGGACUUUAGAUGUUCACGGCCCAACAAUGGUAAGAAUGGAAAUAUGGCGUCUGUUUGGGCCAAUGACGUGGUGAUGCAGAUCGGACGACGCUGCAGGGCAGCCAAAGCGGCAAAUGCACUGGAUUCGUUGGAUGAGCGUUUUGCCGAGACGUGCAAAGAGUAUUUGAAGAAAGCGGACUGGAGUUGGGAUGGGGUUUACCACGAUGAUGGGGAGAGUGAGGAUGACUUGAAUCUUGACGACGUCGAUAUAUCAUUUUGA